UUCUGAGCAUUGUCAUCUUUUGUGACGCCUUUCAUGGCUUCCUUGCUUCGUCCUCCUGCAUAUACCCUUCAAUACAACCUCAUGACAAUAUCCUUCUCUCCUCUGAAAUCCACUCCACCAAAUAAUAUUUCCUUCUUAACAAACCGUCUCAAGAGUAACCCUGUAAAGUGUAAAGCUUUUCUGGAUAACAUUCCCAACGAUUUUUUGGAGAGCACUAUAUACCUGAAUCAAUUCCCUGUUCUUCAAUCAGGAGUAGUCCAAUUUCAGAGAUUAACUGCAGAUUUAUCCGAUUUCCAGAAGUGGGGUUUUCUUGUUUUUGCAGGACUGACAUGGAUUUACUUGACUGCAAGGCCAGGUGUUCUUAUAGGCGCCAUUGAUGCCUACCUUCUGGCUCCUCUGCAACUCGGUUUGGACAAUUUAAUAGGAAGAAGGAAUCUCAAGAGGACUGAUUUUAAGAUUGGAGAUAAGAUUGGGGAAGGGUCAUUUGGUGUUGUUUACUCUGGUGUUGUGGUUCCCAAGAAUGGUUAUGUUGAAGAGAAUGUACAGAAGAGGGGAAGAGGCAAGACAGCAACAAAUUUGAAUGUGAAAUCUAAGGAUAAAGUUAUUCUGAAAAAGGUGAAGGUUGGAACCGUAGGGGCUGAACAAUUCGGUGACUUUGAGGAGUGGUUCAAUUACAGGCUUUCCAGAGCAGCUCCUGAAACAUGUGCUGAAUUCCUGGGAAGUUUUGUAGCUGAUAGAACAAAUUCACAAUUCAUAAAGGGUGGAAAAUGGCUUGUUUGGAAGUUUGAGGGAGACCGCACUCUUGCUGAUUACAUGAAAGAUCGCAACUUUCCUUCCAACUUAGAGUCUGUUAUGUUUGGAAGUGUCUUGCAAGGUGUAGACUCUUCUAAGCGAAAUGCGUUGAUCAUCAAGCAAAUAAUGCGCCAGAUCAUUACAUGUCUUAAGAAAAUUCACGACACAGGCAUUGUUCACAGAGAUGUGAAGCCUGCCAAUUUAGUAGUCACUAGACGGGGGCAGAUUAAACUCAUAGAUUUUGGUGCAGCAGCAGAUCUUCGAAUCGGAAAGAAUUAUGUACCCAGCAUUACCUUACUGGAUCCUGACUACUGUCCCCCAGAAUUAUACGUUCUCCCAGAAGAAACUCCAAAUCCUCCUCCAGAGCCAAUUGCAGCUUUCCUUUCACCAAUUUUGUGGCAGCUGAACAGUCCUGAUCUGUUUGACAUGUACUCUGCUGGGGUUGUACUCCUGCAAAUGGCAAUACCAUCCUUAAGAUCUCCAGCUGCUUUAAAGAACUUUAAGUUGGAAAUCAAAACAUGUCAAUAUGAUUUGAUCAAAUGGAGAGAUUAUACUCGCCUGAGGCCCGAUUUCCGAAUUCUUGACUGUGACUCGGGUCGAGGGUGGGACUUAGCAACCAAGCUUAUUUGUGAGAGAGGUCCCUUUAGAAGAGGACGUUUAUCAGCUGCAGAUGCUUUAAGGCAUCCUUAUUUCCUUCUGGGUGGUGAUCAAGCUGCUGCAGUCCUUUCAAAAUUGAGCUUAAGCAGAAAGUGAGAUGCUUAAUGAUUUAUUUGUUUCUGAAGCUGUACAGCAGUUACUUUCCUGUUUCCAGGAUGAGAAACUGAGUAAAUAAUUCCAAUAUGAACAUGAAAAGAUUUUGUUACAUAUUGAAUUAAUUAAACAAGGAGGAAAGGAUACCAUCUAUGUGGACAACUUGUGACUUUUCUUUGUUCGGCCCUUCCUCUCCAAGUUUGCGGGCACACGGUGGGCUAGAGCUCAAGAAAGAUGUUUAUAUUUCACAGAAGAUAACUGCCACUGUUGGUUGCUGCUGGCCUCGAUUUGUAUCAAAUUCAGAAAAGAGCCCUCUGUGGCUUAGGAGCUAAAUCAAUCUUUUCCCAUGAGUCAUAAUUGGGUUCUUCUGAGUUGUAUAUCAGAUGUUUGGUAAUGCCAGCACAUGGGUGGUUCUGACUUCUAUGGCUUGAAUCAAGAUAGAAAGAACAAAACGAAGCCACAUUUUAUUGCCAUAUUCUAGUAUCUGAUGUUUCACUUAUUGGGGGAAACUGAUUAUGCAUUCAAGAGAAAUGAUGUUCAAUUCUAUAUGACAGAUUCAUCUGAGCUAUGUCCUUGUA